CAAAUGGGAGGCCCAGCUGCGGCCCGAGGGGGAGGGGCACGGCCGCCCGGCAGAUGGCGACAUUUACAUACAGCUGGGAGGCCCCUCCGAGUCGAGGCUCGUAGCCUGGCGUCUGGUGGCUAUGCUGGCUUCGCGGAGGGAGGCUUUGUUUUAAGAAGGGGAAACACGCAUGCAAACACACAGGGGUCCACACAAAGAACCCAGCAUUCUUAUUCACUCACCACCUCAUCUGUGGGUCUCCCAAACACACGCUUCCUUUUAACCUCACACACAGCCCGCUGGAGACGCAUUCACAGCACUCACGGAUUCAUAGGGUCCUCCACAGUGGACAGGACUUCACAAAAGUACAUACAUGAUAGAAAGGAAUGCACACGGCUACAAUAAAGUCACCUGUAUUUCCGUUCUCCCACUCCAGUAGGCACAGACUCUUAGAGAUCUUUCUAACCUCGCAGCCGUGUUAACUGUCCACACAGGUUGAGCCAUAUACCACCCACCACACACACACACACACACACACACACACACACACACACACACACACACACACACACACAAUCAGUUCAUCUUUCAGUAGGCCUUACCUGUACUGCUCAGGCACACAGAGGUUUAUUAGCUCCUGUCACUUUCAGAUUGGUGCAUGCAAUCAAUCACCUCACCAACUCGCCCACAUAGAGUUACUCUGUCUCUUUCCCUGAGACCCCUCUCCCUGUCUAUAGCCAGGAGGCUGGCCUGAGGGGGCGGGGCGUCCUCUCAGAUAUAAGGGUCCGGGAUCCAGCAGCUGCGAUUCCUGAGACUUUCCUCAUCCUGUCCCCAAAAGCAAUGGUCUCCCUGCAGGUGUCUUCACUUCCCCAGACGCUGAUCCUGGCUUUUCUCCUUCCCCAGGCACUGCCAGCUGGUGUCUUCGAGCUACAAAUUCAUUCUUUCGGGCCAGGACCAGGCCCCGGGACCCCACGCUCCCCCUGCAACGCCCGAGGCCCUUGCCGCCUCUUCUUCAGGGUCUGCCUGAAACCGGGAGUCUCCCAGGAGGCCGCCGAGUCCCUGUGCGCCCUGGGCGCAGCACUGAGCACGAGCGGCCCGGUCUACACGGAGCAGCCUGGAGUGCCAGCGGCUGCCUUGUCGUUGCCUGAUGGCCUCGUGCGUGUGCCUUUCCGCGAUGCCUGGCCGGGCACCUUUUCCCUCAUCAUUGAAACCUGGAGAGAGCAGCUGGGAGAGCGUGCUGCAGGGCCCGCCUGGAACCUAUUAGCGCGUGUGGCCGGUCGCAGACGCCUGGCUGCUGGAGCCCCGUGGGCCCGCGAUGUGCAGCGCACAGGCGCAUGGGAGUUGCACUUCUCAUACCGCGCGCGCUGUGAGCCCCCUGCGGUUGGGGCCGCCUGCGCGCGCCUGUGCCGCUCGCGCAGCGCCCCCUCGCGGUGUGGCCCAGGACUGCGCCCCUGCACGCCAUUCCCAGACGAGUGUGAAGCCCCGCCCGUAUGUCGAGCGGGCUGCAGCCCUGAGCACGGCUACUGUGAAGAACCUGACGAAUGCCAUUGCCUGGAGGGCUGGACUGGACCCCUCUGCACGGUCCCUGUCUCCACCAGCAGCUGCCUGAACUCCCGGGUCUCUGGUCCUGCCGGCACUGGAUGCCUUUUACCUGGGCCUGGACCCUGUGAUGGGAACCCAUGUGCCAAUGGGGGCAGCUGUAGUGAAACCCCGGGCUCCUUUGAAUGUGCCUGUCCCCGGGGAUUCUAUGGGCCUCGAUGUGAGGUGAGCGGGGUGACAUGCGCAGAUGGACCCUGCUUCAAUGGCGGCUUGUGUGUUGGCGGUGAAGAUCCUGACUCUGCCUAUGUCUGUCACUGCCCACCUGCUUUCCAAGGCUCUAACUGUGAGAGGAGGGUGGACCGCUGUAGCCUGCAGCCUUGUCAGAAUGGCGGCCUCUGCCUUGACCUGGGACAUGCGCUGCGCUGCCGCUGUCGCGCGGGAUUCGCCGGGCCACGCUGCGAGCACGACCUGGACGACUGCGCCGGCCGCGCCUGUGCCAACGGCGGCACGUGCGUGGAGGGCGGCGGCGCGCGCCGCUGCUCGUGUGCGCUGGGCUUCGGCGGGCGCGACUGUCGGGAACGCGCGGACCCCUGCGCCUCUCGCCCCUGCGCCCAUGGAGGCCGUUGCUACGCCCACUUCUCCGGCCUUGUCUGCGCCUGCGCGCCCGGCUACAUGGGUGUGAGAUGCGAGUUCGCUGUGCGCCCCGACGGCGCGGACGCCGUGCCCGCGGCUCCGCGGGGCCUGAGGCAGGCUGACUCACAGCGCUUCCUUCUGCCUCCCGCCUUGGGGCUGCUGGCGGCCGCAGCUUUGGCCGGCGCCGCUCUCUUGCUCAUCCACGUUCGCCGCCGAGGUCCUGGCCGGGAUACUGGGACUCGCCUGCUUUCCGGGACCCGGGAGCCUUCGGUCCACACGCUCCCGGAUGCACUCAACAACCUGAGGUUACAAGACGGUGCUGGGGAUGGCCCCAGCUCGUCGGCUGACUGGAAUCAUCCCGAAGAUGGGGACUCUCGAUCUAUUUAUGUCAUACCAGCCCCUUCCAUUUACGCACGAGAGGCCUGAUGCUGCUCCUUCUCUGCCAUCGUCUGGAGAUGGAGCCUGAAUGAUUUUAUUUGCUUUGUGGUGUGUCCAAUCCCUGCCCCACACCGACUGGAGGCUGUUUAAUAGGGCUUUAUUGUACAUAUUGCUUAUUUAUAACCUAGUUUUUGUUAUCGCCCCAGAGACAUCUAUAAAGGUUCUUAUUUUGAUCAACUA